AUGAAGUUCUACGCCGUCCAAGUCGCUGCUAUGGCAUUUGGCCUCGGCGUUUCUGCUUCUCCAUCGCUCGCCUGCCGCAAUUACAACCAGAACCCAGCUCCGGAAGUGCAACCGACUCAAGCCCCUGCCUACCCAAUGGGACCUGCCGUCCCAACUGGAUACCAGCCCAACGUCAAGAUUGAGGCGACCGAGAAGCCCGAGAAGGCCAUGGAGGAAAAGAAGCCAAAGAAGACCAAGACCAAGACCAAGACCAAGAAGGUGAAGACGACCAAGACGAAGAAGCCCAAGGCGGCUAAGGCCACCAAAGUAUCUGCCAGCGGAGGUGAAGAAGCUCCCCAGGAGACUCCAAAGGAGGGUGGGAAUCCAAAAGCUCCCAAGGAGGGUGGAGCACCAGAAGGUUCUUACCCCACGACUCCCAAGGAGACUCAAAAGGAGGGUGGGAAACCAAAAGCUCCCAAGGAGACUCCCAAGGAGGGUGGAGCACCAGAAGGUCCUUACCCCACGGCUUCGCCUACCACUGGGGGCGGUUACGGCGGGUCCAAAGGAUCCGGUGGUGGUGUCCCAGAUCAUGUUGGAAGUACUGUCCUCGACGCUGUUCAGACCAUUGCUGCCGGGGCUAGCUUCGACGGUCAGAUGGGCAUGUACGACCGUGGUGUCUCCUGCACCGGACAAGUCGAAGGUGCAGGAAGCGAUGCCGUUUUCAACAUUGAAGCCGGUGGAUCUCUCUCGAACGUUAUCAUCGGACCCAACCAAAUCGAAGGCAUUCAUUGCCAGGGUGGUUGCACUAUUACCAACGUCUGGUGGACUGCCGUUUGCGAGGAUGCUUUCUCCAUCAAGGUCCAACAGGCUAGCGAGACGACAAAGAUCAUUGGCGGUGGUGCUUUCGGCGCUACUGACAAGGUUGUUCAACACAACGGCGCCGGGACUGUCGAUAUCUCUGGCUUCACUGUUGGCUCUUUCGGAAAACUCUACCGUUCUUGCGGUAACUGCAAGACCUCGUUCGAGCGCCACGUCAUCAUGACCGACAUCACUGCAUCCGACGGAGAAAUGCUCGCUGGUAUCAACUCUAACUUCGGAGACACCGCAAAGAUCACCAACUCCAAGACAUCCGGCGUCCAAGAUAUCUGCGUCACUUUCCAGGGUGUUUCUAAGGGCAGCGAGCCGACCAUUAUCGGUUCUGGAUCCGAUGGAACCAACUGUGUCUACGGCGCCGAUGUCGAAGCUGCUUAA